CCUGGCUCACAGACUGCAUGUGAACACAGUUUUGCCGUGUUAUCCUGUGGCGGCUGUGAACACACGUAUGAGGAGGAGCUCUGGGCUGGCCAAGGAAAACUUCCAAAGGAGUUUUUAAGGGCAGGAGCACAACCGUCGCGUCAUUUGGCAGACGUGCUGGAAAUUACUCAGCUGUGACUUUAAGCAAGCAAGCAAGAGAAAGUGGGACUGAUAUUUCAGCGGCUCCGGUUGACAAGGCAGCAUGGAUUCUCCCAUGUUCAGCCGUAAGCGGCCUCUGUUGCUUGAACAUGAUGGCCUGCUUCCAUUACGCAGGAGAAAAUGCUUGAUGGACUGGCCGGACCCGGAGGCACACCAGGACCAGCUGAUGACAAGCAGUUGUUACACCUGGCUGCGUGAAGCUUGGGUAAACCGGUGGAGGAACAACCACCUGAACGCCGGCAAAAGGCUCUUGGAGCUGACGCUGCUCUGGGCCGACACCAAAAGCUCCGUUCAGAAAGUCCUAGAGCGGGUCAAAAGCAAACAGGGCGACAUCUUCCUAGACGACUCGGUGAACGGCAAGUUCUUAGCCUUUCGCAGAGACAUCGCGGAGGAGUACGGCGCGGAGGACAAGCAGCACUCGUGGGCGGUCCUGGAGAAGCGGGAGGAGGUCGUCAUGUACGGCCCGUAUUACCCCAACUACGGCAGCGGGGAACACAGCGAGGACGUCGUCAUCAAGCAAACCCAGCAGCUUCUGGAGGCCGAGGACUUUCCCGAAAACCGCACGCUGUACGUUUUCACCGUGAACAGCCCCUGUCUGGCGAGGAACUCGGAGCCGUGCAUGCUAAACCUCGUUCACAAGGCCCGGGAGUGGUGGCGCACGUACGCAGUGAAGACCCACAUUGGCUUUGUGAGAAGCUGGGGCUUCAAGGGAAACAAAGAGAACCUGUUCAAGGACGUCGAUUACAGACAAGUGACGGCCAUAACGCAGAGUGUGGACUACGAGAGCUACGUCGACUUGGUCGGUAAGAUUGAUGAUCUCAGUCCUUUGUGUGAAACCGUAUUUUCUUUAGCCAAGGACCUGCUGAGCGCCGAGCGGCUCCGCUUCCCGCUGACCGCCGCGGAGGAGAAGCAGGACCAGAAGAGCUGCUUCAAAAGCAUGAACGGCAUCCUCGAGUCCAAACCGGAAGAGGAGAAAAAACUCCUCACGAAGGAGCUGAGUGCCCUGGCGGAAGCGGCGGACCUCCUGCUUUCAGGCGGGAGCCAGAGCUUUGAGGAGCACGUGGAGAGAGGGACGGCGUUUUCGCUCGGCUACGCAUUCAGCUCAGAGGUAUGCGAAGGCCUGCGGGAGGAAAUGAGAGUCGGGUUCCAACGGUGCUGGAGGGAGACGGUGCAGGACAGGUGUGCUGAGUUUGUCAGGGAGAAGCUGACGGACGAGUUUAAUAAACGCACCGUUCAGCUUUUUAUCGACGACGUCCGCGGGCUCACGCGGGCGUAUCUGCAAAUCGGAAAAGUGAAACUACAGAAAACCAAUUCUUUGUAAUACUGUAGGUUUAGAAAAUGAUGGGAGUAGCGUCACACAGCAGAAACUAUUAUCAACUCGUUUAUAUUACGUCAAAAAUCUUUCUCUUUAUUACUCUUUGCUUACAAUAUGUCACAAAUAACAAAGUACAUGAUUAUAAUGGAGUGAGGUUUUUACAUAAGCUUAUACAUUUCUCA